AUGCUGGGUGAUUGACGCAGAGGCCCAAGCAGGGAGAGGCGGGGCCAAGGCCGGGGCCUGACUAAACCUGGAGACUCGGUGGCCGAGGGGCUUCGUCCCAGCUGAGGAGCAAACAGCCGCUGGCAGCCGCGCAUCUCACUGCAGCUCGGGGGGUUUUUAGAACUUCAGUUAUAAAAAUGGGCAGAAUUUUCCUUGAUCACAUUGGUGGUACCCGUCUGUUUUCUUGUGCAAACUGUGAUACGAUCCUGACCAACCGCUCGGAACUCAUCUCCACUCGGUUCACAGGUGCCACUGGCAGAGCAUUUCUUUUUAACAAGGUAGUUAACCUGCAGUACAGUGAAGUUCAAGAUCGGGUCAUGCUCACUGGCCGCCACAUGGUUCGAGAUGUGAGUUGCAAAAACUGCAAUAGCAAACUGGGAUGGAUCUAUGAGUUUGCCACUGAAGACAGCCAGCGUUAUAAGGAAGGCCGUGUGAUCCUGGAACGUGCUCUAGUUCGAGAGAGUGAGGGCUUUGAGGAGCAUGUACCAUCUGAUAACUCUUGAAGAAAAAGAGAUAAAUCCAUCUUUUCCCAGGUCUCCUUCACUGAAAUCAAAAUCUACUUACAUACACUGUCACCUUAGCAUCAGAGUCGGAUUCAUGAACUGCGGAACAAGAGGUUGUGAGAAUCCAAGAUGGAACCUUUCUUUCUUUCUUCUGUUUUUUUUCUUAAUUUUGUAUUUUCCAUCCAACAGCAGUGUGUAGAGAGAAUAUUAUGCAGAUGCCGUUAAUUUUUUUUUUCCCUACGUUUACAUCUUGAGGCAGAAGAGUCUGUCUCCAGCUACAUGGUGGGCUAUGUAAGGAAAGAAAUCUGGGCUAUUAGAGUGAAAAAGUGUGUUUUAUGUAAAUUUUGAAAGGAAAAUAAUGUAAAGAGCAUGGUUUUUAAACUUACUUGGGCUUCAUUUUAAAAUUUUUUUUUAAAACCCAGUUAUUUCACUUGAUUUGCUAGCUUCAGAGAAGAGAUCCGAAUCUGUGCCCAGUGCAAAAGGCUCAGUGUUAGCAUGGCUUGUGCUGGCCGGUGUGCCAUAUUCUUGUUGGAGAUGAACCGUAGCACCAGAGCCCAUUCUUCCUUGUCAGUCUUGACCCAAAGAUGUCACCAUUCCUAGUUAUUUGUCACCACAUAAUUGGUGUUGAUUGGAAACAUUUUCUGAAAGGGGCAGAACUGCUUGGUUGUCUUUUUUCCAUGUAACUUAAGCAUAGUAAUAUAAAUAAAGUAAUAGUUGGA